GGUUGUUUCCUACUUUUCACCUGGAACUUGUUGGAUAGGCUCCAUCUUCUCCGUAAUAAGCAGGCAACCAUUCUCAUGGAGUAUUCAAGCUCCACAGUCGAAUAUGAAACAUAUUACUAUGAAAAUGAUUCAACUGAGCAGAGUGAAGGUUGCCGCCUUCCUGCGUUUCCUUGGACUUGGAUAAUCCGGACAUUUCUCUACAUCCUGGUGGUGAUUUUGGGAGUUCCAGGUAACAUCGCCCUGAUCUGGAUUAUGGUUCGGCGCCUCAGUGUUUUCAGACGUCCCUGUGAAUCCUUCGUGGUGAAUCUGGCAAUUUCUGAUUUGCUUCUUCUGCUGGGCCUCUUGGUUUGGAUUGACAGCGAGAUCCACGGGGGCUCCUGGCGCUCAGGAUGGCUGUGUUGCAAGAUUACUGCCUAUUUUAUGGCCCUCAGCAUGCAAAGUGGGAUCUUCUUUCUCACGGCGAUGAGCAUUGACAGGUACCUUGCAGUCGUACAUUCGAAUAUCUACCGGAAGAUCAAGAAGAAACUCUAUGUUACUGCAUCUUGUUUCCUGGUUUGGUUGGUGUCUAUACUGAUAGCACUGCCUGUGUUCAGGGCACGCACCCUUUCACUGGACGUCAACGGUAUUUGGAGAUGCAGAGAAGAAAUUGACAUCCAUUUACAAAGAUUUUCUUUGGUCAAUCUCCUGGCUUUCUUCUUCUCCCUCCUUGGCAUCCUGUAUUGCUACUGUUCCAUCAUGAGGACCCUGUGCCUGCACUACAGGAGGACACGUAGACAGAAUCACAAGCUCCAGCGCUCCAUAAAAGUGGUCUUUCUAGUGGUCGUCGUCUUUUGUUUCUCCUGGGUACCUUUUAACGUAUUUAAGAUUGUUAAGAUUGUUCUCACAAUGAUGAACAAGGAAAACUCUUGCACCAUGGAUGUGGCCCUCACCGGUUUGGGAGUUCUGGUGCCUUUUGCUUUUUCUAAUAGCUGCGCUAACCCUUUUAUCUACACCUGGGCCGACGCCUCCCUCAAAAAGCUUGCAGUUCGCUGUCUGUGUCCAUGUCUCCCAAGGCUGCAGGAAGUGAUGGUCGUUUCACAAAGUUCUGAAAUGGGCUCACGCAGCAGCCAAGGGUCUGAGUCCAGCUGGCACAAGAAAGAAAGGCAGAAUACGACCAACUGUCAGCUGUCUGUAAAAGCGUAGGACAAUUGUGAAGAGGUAGCCCAUCAUAAUGAAGUCUCUGCAUGUUGAAAUGUGACGGUUAUUCAUGGACACCACCAUCGAGCUAAAGCAAGUCUUUAAAGGAGUUGUUCAGCUGUGAACAGCAGAGAAAUAGCAUCUGAAAUUUUGUUAUAUUGUUUAGAAAUCUACUGUUGAAAUAAAACCAAAAAAGGAACUUUCUUUAUCUUACUCAGCCUUUGCCCAUCCUUGAUCAACAGCCGCAUGUAGAAUUCACAAUGAUGAGGCCAUGUAGCCAUGAGGUGGACAUUUCUGAGACACGUGAGUUGCGUGUUUAGUUUAUAAUGUGUAUAUCAUUUUGAAGAAGUUUUUGGUGAUACCAUUUUGCUCUUCCUCAAAUGGGUAUCAGAUAUUGCAUGCUUCUAGAAGUUUACAUAAGCCAUAGCUGAGUUAUGGAAAAUUCAGAAUUUUGUUCA